AUUUUUUUUUUUUUUGUCGGCAACUUGAUUUCAUUUAUCAAGCCCAGUGGGCAGAUACAGAAGGGCUGAGCCCAAUAGAGGAUUACAAGCGAAAUAACAGUUUUAAACUGAAUCAUAAUUUAAACAAAAGAUAAUAAUAACAUGAAAUUAUGAUUUAGCAAGUGACACGUGGAGAGAGACGUGUUUUCUCAAAGCUACGCGUCAAGAUCACAAGCACCACCGUCAAAUUCGCCGGACACCGCCAAUCUCCGAUCUGUUGCUGUUUAUCAGCCACAAAGCGAUGAGAAUCCUCUUCCCUUCUGUCGAUCUCAUAUCCAAUGUAAGCGUACGUCGAGAUCUACCGGAUCAAUCAUUUGAACCUGCUUCGAAAUUUCUUCUAGAAACACCAAUUCCGGGGAAGCUCCACCACCGACCACAUCCUAUGUAAUGAUGUAGUCUAAGAUUCAUGUUCGCUCAUCUGCUAUGAGCAAAAGGAGAGUGAUGAAGAUAUUACUCCUCGAGCAACUGGAGAAGACGGAGAGAAUUCAAGAUAAACGGAGAAAUCAACGGAAAGAAGUAAAGUUGGAAAGAGAUCGAAUCUCGCAUAUAGCGAGAAAGGAAACCGGACUUAGCCGGAGUUUAUUAAAACUUGCACAAAGACAAGAGUAUACACAAUCUGGACAUAGCCAGAAACAAAGCCGACCGUAGUCGGAGGACAAAAAACUUUGUCGAAAAGCUUUUCCUCUCUGAAAGGGUUUAUCAUUUUAACACUCACAAUCAGAAUACUCCCGGUUUCUUUACCACCGUACCACGAAGCUUCAACGUCGUUGUUUUAUCUUCCUCGCUUAGUUCCUCACAAGAUUGUGAAAGAAAGAGAGAGUAGGAGCUAUGGGUUGGAAAGCUGCUGAGAAACUUAUCAGACACUGGAAGAUACUUCGAGGGGAUAAUGUGAUGAUAAUUCGUGGGAAAGAUAAGGGUGAGACUGGAACCAUAAAGCGUGUCAUCCGAUCCCAAAAUCGUGUCAUUGUUGAAGGGAAGAAUCUGAUCAAGAAGCAUAUAAAAGGAGGCCCUGACCACGAAGGUGGAAUUUUCACGGUAGAGGCUCCUCUUCACGCUUCAAAUGUCCAAGUUGUUGAUCCAGUCACUGGGAGGCCUUGUAAGGUUGGUGUUAAGUACUUAGAGGAUGGAACAAAAGUAAGAGUAGCUAGAGGCACAGGCACAUCUGGUUCGAUAAUUCCUCGCCCGGAGAUUCUAAAGAUAAGGGCAACACCAAGACCCGCUACCGCUGGCCCUAAGGACACACCAAUGGAGUAUGUAUGGGAGCAGACAUAUGAUGCUAAAACGGGAAAGGGCAUGCCUGAUCUUUGAGUAGCAACCUCUUUACAGUUUCCUUCCAAAAAUGUUGCUGCCCCAAAGGAUUCUUUUUUUCUUUAUACCCCAUCCAUUAGAGUUUGGGUGGUCAACAGCUUGAGAUGAAGUAGGUUUUGUUGAAGAACCUUUGAUCCUGACUGAACGGAGUCGUUUUCUGUUAUUUUUAUUGAUCUUGUGAACUUUUCAAAACGCCAAAUAAAAUCCAUUGGGAACAAGUUCACGGUCUCUACUUGUCUACAUAGAUCGACAAAAUACAUUUUUGGGGUUCUAGAUUUCCAAUUCACUUGGCCAAUUUAUUA